CUCUAAGCAUCCUCCUCUCCCAGGUACACGUGACAGGAUGCACACAGGAUCUCAAGGGCUGGAUGAGGUCCCUCGACGGCGGCCAGUGCCAUGCUGACACCAGCGGGAUGCCAGACGCUCGGUGCCGCUUCUUCCCGGCCGAGAACAACAACGUGACCGGGUCCUUCAUGAAUCUCUAUUUUCUCGAUUCGGUCACCCAAUUCUGUGACAACGACACGAUUCCCACAACUUCUGGGCCCCAACACACACAACCUGCAGUGCGGUGGCAGUCAGUAUGGGGAGUGAUCACCCAGCAUGAGGAUUUCAAGAACGCAAACUUUCCAACCAAAGUGUCUUCUCCGUCGAUCUUGAAGCCGGAGUUUCGGGUCGUCCAAGAAGCGGCCAAGGAGAAACCAAGAUUCAUUCUGCUCCUUGACCUUUCGAGUUCCAUGGAUCAGUUUAUGGCUCAGCUGUACCAGGCAGUUGUCAGAUUCGUCCGCGACCUUAUACCCAACGAAUCCGAGGUGGCCGUCGUGUCUUUCGCCAACAAGUCCGAGCUUCACGUCAACUUCACGCGAGUCCAGUAUAACAGGGAGGAGAUAGUGAAGAAACUGCCCAUCACGUACAACAAGGACGGUUUUACGGCCAUUGGGGGAGCGCUGCAGUUUUGUCUUCAGCUGGUCGAAGAAUCCCACGUGAAGAGCGAAGGACUCAUGAUAAUCCUGAUAACUGACGGAGAGCAGACGAUCCUACCGCUCGUGGAGGAGGUCCUGCCUGACGUGAAGAGGGCGGGGAUCGUCAUCAACACGGUGUCUUUUGGUCCCAACGCCACGGAUUCUCUCGAGAGCUGGGCACAGGAGACCGGAGGCGGGAGCUACUACCACAGCACUGGGUCACGUGGUUCCCUGUCCAGCCUCGAUGCCUUGCUCUUCGACGCUAUAAAGUCUUCGGAUAAGGACGAGAUGAAGCAGUUGCAACAGGUGCACAGGGACGUCGUUUUCGUAAAGCCUGGACUAAAGAACUAUGUCGUGGGUGAAGUCGUUCUCGAUUCCACCGUGGGCCACGAGACGCGUUUCACCUUCACGGAGAAUAUCGACUUGUACAACCUGUUUUCUAUAGUGGUGAAUCUCACAUCUCCCACUGGAGAAGAGUACGGACGCGGGAGUGACUCAAGUAUUUAUCGAGUGGACAACAUAACGAGAACAAUUACGUUCACAUUUCAGGAAGCUCAGGUUGGGAAAUGGACCUACAAUAUUUCUACCUCAGGCUACAUUCCCUUUGACGAAGUCCUCGUGGCUGUUACAUCACACCCCAGUAAGAGAACGCAAGAGGACCCGAUAAGGGUGAAGACUUGGAUGUCUAGCAGUGAGGUGACUUACCCUUCACCAACACGAGUCUACGCGUUCAUCAGCCAGGGUUAUAGCACAGUUAUUAAUGCUAAUGUGACAGCCAUUAUUGAGCCACCGACAGAAGCUAGCUCGGUGGCUCUGCCUCUGCUGGACAAUGGUGUAGGAGCGGACUUACGGGCCGGAGACGGAAUCUACUCGGCUUACUUCACGCAGUUCUCCGCCAACGGCCGUUACAGCGUCUCCGUUACCGUUUCCACGAGCAACCAGACGGCGAAGCUACAAGCCUACAAGCCAGAGGACCCGAGAUCCCGGUCGCUGUACCAGUACCAACCACGACCUCAUACCAGCGCCAUCAGGAGGUUCCGUCUCCCAGUACCGGAGAACUCGCUCCCUGACCCAGUUUCCCAGUUCCCCCCGAAUGACCUCGUUCCCUCACUCGACCCCGGCGGGAACGAGGGCAUAGGAGGCAGGGAAUUGAAUAAGGUUCAAGUGGAACAGUUUACGAGGUUCAUUUCUGGCGGGAUUUUCAAGGUCAACAACUACCAACCAGGUGACAUGCUGCCUCCAGGUCGCGUGACUGACCUGGCCGUAUUAGUGACUCACCUGUUCGAAUCGAGUGUCACGCUGAACUGGACCAGUCCCGGAGAUGACCUGGAUCACGGUACAGCCUCCACACUCGAGUUAAGAUACCACGAGACGACCCUCAUCUACCUGGACUUCCUAAAAGGUCACAUCGUCAAUGAAUCUCACUUGACCUCAGGUGACCUAACCCCAAGACAAGCAGGCGUGCCCCAUGUCAUCACUGUGAAGAUCCCCGGUCGAAGUGUUGACAGCUUGGAGGGUCGUCCAUUAUUCUUCGCUCUCAAAGCCCGGGACGAAGUCGGUAACUCAGGCAAUCUUUCGAACAUUGCCACUGCUUAUUUCCCUCUUAAGAAAUAUACUUAUAAUCUAAAG